ACUACUGUCCCUGGACAUCACCUCCUGAGUCCCCCAGGAUGCAUGCUCUCCAGCUCCUGUUCAGGGCCAGCCCUGCCGUCCUGCUCCUGGUUCUGUGCCUGCAGCUGGGGAUCAGCACAGCCCAGGAAGACACAACUAGUCGAAGGGCGAUAAUACUCGAUAUGGAGAUGCCACAAGCAGCCAGAGCCGGUGAAGAAGUCACCUUGAAGCUUAACGUUCAGACAGAAUUGCGAGAAUGCAUGGUGAUUAAAACUUACCUUAGAAGCAGCAAGCCAAUUGAUGGCAGCUUCAACUACAGAUACACCUCCUGCCUCUGUGGAGAUUACCCAAAAAAUUUCUACUGGGACUUCCAGACCAGCAGCACCGUACAAGUUGAAGCAGUGGUUAAUGCUGUUCGGGAGUUGGGUAUCUGCCCUAAUGAUGAUGCAGUGAUCCCCAUCAGUGCAGAUAUAUUUUGGAUUACAGGUACACUGGACAUAUAUUAAGGGAAACCCUUGUGUAUCUCACAAUGCCCGUGUGGUUUCCUCUAAGUAAGCAUGGCUCUGGUAGCUGUUGUGCGCUCUAAAAUAAAAUCAUGAAAAACU